AUGGAAUCAUCUAGUCCAAGUCAAGAACAAACUCCCACUCAAAUUUCCACUCCAAGUCAAAUUCCCACAACUUUGGAGAGACUAAGUGAAAGUGAUAUUCUUACACUUGAACAUGAUCCUGGAUUGAGGAGGAGAAUAUCUGACUUUCAUGUGGAUGAUAGGGAGUUAAUAAGGUGUGAGUACAUUCGAAGAGGUCCAUGUCAACCUAAAAACAAAGAUUUUCCCUACACAUACUUUGGAAAGAAAUGUGGAAGCAAAACUAAAAAUGUUGCCUAUUGUUUUGCUUGCUAUUUAUUUAAAAAUGAUAAUGUUUAUUGUGCGGGAGAUGCUGUUGUUAGAGGUGGGUUUAAUACUUGGGGUAAAGUUGAUUCUUUUGAAAAACAUUUUGGAGGUCAUAUGAGUACUCAUAAUAAUGCUUUAUAG